UUUAAACCCCACAAGAGGCCAGCUACAGUUGAACACCGGGAUGAAAAACACAAUCCCUACAGCGGUAUAUAAGUUCACAUCGCGGCAUUUGUAUGUAUGUUUCACUGUUAAGCAAAUAAUAAGGGAUUGUCUGGAGGGACUGUGAGGAGACGACCAAAGGACACCGCGAGAGUCUUAAAAUAUUGUUAUUAUAGGCAGACAAUAACAAUAGACGGAAAGACAACAACAACGGACUAGCUAGCAGGCUAACUCGCUCGCUAGCAUCUUCGUAAACCAAGCUCUGCGCUGUUUCAGAUGCUAAUUGAAAGCUAGCUAACGUUAGCUUCUUCAUCACCAAAUCUGUCCGACUGUGUUGAAAUCUGACCGGACCCUGUGGAUAGCUAGCUUUGGGUACCCGAGUACCUCUAAAGCGGCCCAGCCGGAGAUGCGUGGAAGAUGUCGGUGUCGGGGCUGAAGGCCGAACUGAAGUUUUUGGAGUCCAUUUUUGAUCCAAAUCACGAACGCUUCAGAAUCAUUGACUGGAAGCCUGACGAACUGAGCUGUCAGUUUAAUGUAACUGGAGAAAAGCUGUUAAUUAUUCACUGCAACAUAACGGAGUCUUAUCCGUCUACGCCGCCAAUAUGGUUCGUGGACUCUGACGACCCGAGCCUUGCACAAGUUUUGGAGCGUUUGGAGGAUGUGAGGAAAGGCAGCACCCUGCUUUUGCAGCAGUUGAAGAAACUCAUCUGUGACCUUUGCCGAUUGUAUAACCUUCCACAACAUCCAGAUGUGGAAAUGUUGGACCAGCCCCUGCCUGCAGGCCCAGUGGCACAAGACAGAAAGCACGGGACAGAGGAGGUCACAUCUGAAGAAGAGGAGGAAGAGGAGAUGGGAGAGGACAUUGAAGAUCUGGACCACUAUGAAAUGAAAGAGGAAGAGCCUGUGGAUGGAAAAAAGUCAGAGGAUGAUGGCAUUGAGAAGGAGAAUCUAGCCAUCCUGGAGAAGAUCCGUAAGAACCAGAGGCAGGACCACUUGAAUGGAGCAGUGUCUGGUUCAGUGCAGGCCUCUGACCGUCUAAUGAAGGAGCUAAGAGAGAUCUACAGGUCUCAGAGUUACAAGACAGGCAUCUAUUCAGUGGAGCUUGUUAACGACAGCCUCUAUGAAUGGCACGUCAAACUAAGGACGGUGGAUCCAGACAGCCCCUUGCACAGUGACUUACAAGUCCUAAAGGAAAAGGAGGGAAUGGAUUACAUUUUACUAAACUUUUCAUAUAAAGAUAAUUUCCCCUUCGAUCCACCAUUUGUUCGUGUUGUUUCGCCAGUGCUUUCUGGGGGCUAUGUUCUUGGAGGAGGUGCCCUGUGUAUGGAACUUCUCACCAAACAGGGUUGGAGCAGUGCCUAUUCCAUUGAGUCUGUCAUCAUGCAGAUCAAUGCCACUUUAGUCAAAGGAAAAGCCAGAGUGCAGUUUGGAGCCAAUAAAAACCAGUACAAUCUUGCCAGAGCACAGCAGUCCUACAAAUCCCUGGUUCAGAUCCAUGAAAAGAACGGCUGGUACACACCCCCUAAGGAGGACGGCUAGUACAGACUGUUGCCUUUCCUGCAGUGGGACCAUAUGUCUUAGAUUCUUUUUCAUUUCCUCACAACCAAUACUUCAUGUUUUGUUUUUUUUUUUUAAUUGUGAAAACCAUUUUGUUCUCUACAUGAGAGUUUGAACUCCAAACCAAAUUCCUCAAUCUGUGACCACCCAAAACACAUUCACCCUACUCGAAAAUUUACACUCAUCGGCUCCUCUCUAGGGUGGUCUUGCUCCAGAUAUUUAUCUCUCUGUAAAUCUGUUGUCUGAUACAAUCCAAUUAUUUUUCCAUUGCGACAUUCAUCCCAUACUCCAGGAAAAAGUGGACAAAAUAUUGUGCAAACUCGCCCUUUGGUUUUGGCGUUGAGCAUGCCAAGGUUCCUUACUGGCUGUUAGUUGAAGGGUGCGGCAUGGCUUUACCUUCCGGCGGUGGCGGUCUGACUCCGCCUCUUUGGCCACAGACUGGAUCUGAGAAUGGCAUGUGACAUUCCCUGUUGUGAUCGGUGGUGGAAUGGACAUAUAAAUGCUGACAAAGAAGCACCGCCUUUCUCUUCACGGACGGCCUCUGUAAUAAUGUGCUCAUGUAUUAUCUUUAUAAUGCCAAGAUCCCUUCUCCACAAUAACAAUGCUUUUGAGGCUAGCUUGCUGUCAAACCUUUUAUCUCUCAAAGCUUGAAGCCCUGAGAUGAGGAAAAAGAGACUUUUGCAGCCUGGGCAGGACAGCCCAUAACGGGGGAAACGGCAUCCCGCUGAGCUCUGAAGUAGGAGAACGCCGUCAUCUCCACAACCAGCAACUAAACCGCUCCCUGAUGUCGGAGAGGUUUGGUGUGUGGCGAGGGUGACGACCCAAACACGACUAAGCAAAGCAGGGGCUUGCUGAGAUUGGAUCACACUGUAAUGUAGUUUAACUCCACAUGUAAACAUGUAAAUUUGUAUUUCUGCAAAAGGAUUUAAUUGUUUAUAAUGUAACCUUGUGUGGGUCUUUGGCUGGGCAGAGACUGUAUUAGUAUAUGCCCUUGACUAUUAACAGCAGGGGCACUGCAAUUUCUCAAGGCCCAUUUAGAAUAAGAAAAAGUUACUUCGUGAAUACUCUUGCAGAAGGAAACAAAAGUACACCAUGUUCUUAAGUACGCUUAAUGACUACUGCAGAUGUUUUUGUUUUAAAAUAUAUAUAUUGAUUUGUAAUCCUUAUGUUAUUGGCAACAAUGACAGUACCAGACUCCUUAUUUGAUGGCACCAUUCGACUAUGAUGGUCAUGACAAUAACGGCAUAGACACAGCUGUUUCUGGCAUUCCAGAGGUUUGGUUAUUCCGAUCUAAUCACUCAAACCAGAUGAACCUCAGUAAGGCUAUGCAGUGAAGACAGUCAGUGGAGAAAAUAGUCUUAACAGUGUAGUCAUCUUUGUAGUUCUAGUAGCUGGUUCACGUCCUCACCUCUGACGCCUCCUCCCCUUUACAGGAAAGUGACCUUUAGCCUCUGACAUUUCCCUUGACAUCGGCCCAUUCACAGCAAUAGCGUUGACCAUAAACCCUCUGGCUUCAUACCUGGGAAGAAUAAACUGGAGUCUGUUCCAAUUCCAGAUUUGUAUUUGUUCAGGUUUGAUAAAUAUUUGUUCAAAUUUGUCACAGGAAGGACCCAGCGCUUGCCAUUUAACACCUCUCUGGUUACUAUUCAUAACCACUCUCAGCACUGUUGUACCCCUCAGCAUGCUGAGUCUUUGAUGUAAUGUGAAUAAUAUGCAGAAAACCGUGUGGAGCAUUCCAAUUAAUGCAGUUACACGUUUGUCGUGGGUGUUCUGUUGUGUGGUUAUUUGCAUUGUUUUAAGUAUGUUGUCCUGAAAACCAGCGUAGGAAGCUUAGUUACGAUCAUUCAUACAGUCAUUCCUCGUUUUUAUUGCGUUAAUUUAGUUUCCUCACCAAUACUAACCUCAAUCACAACACCAUUAUCUAACAAGUGGAGAAUUUUUGUCUGAAUAUACAACUUCUUCGUGUUCUGCAUGUGUCUGAUAUUUGUUAAGACCUGCAGGAUAUGACAAGUCACCCUCCUCUCUUGUCCACCUCAAGCAAAAUCAAUCUCAACUUGACUUUGGAUCAUUGGCAUGAUUGUUAACUGUUGUGGUGCCAUUGGUAACGUACUGAUCACUUCAUUCUGGUCAUUCUGUCGAGCCCACCCCUGCAUUCUCUGGAGAAGCAAACUCAGGAAUACAUACUGCACACUUGACUUUGCAAAAGAUUACUUCAGAAUAUCAUCAAACUGUAGGAUUGAACACGUCGGUCUCUCUUUUUUAUUCUUUAUUUUAGGGACUUUUACAAAGUUACACUCGCGUUACAAAUAAUCGUUGGAGUGUGUUUUGCUCUCAAAUUGCUCACACUUUAGAUUCGUUUUUUUUUUUUUUUUUUUUUUUUUUUGAUGCUGGUUGAGGUUGAUUAAAAAUUACUUAGCAAGUUUUGGAAUGGUCAGAUAUGUGGAGCAGGGGUUUGCAGCCACCCUCAGAUUAUCCUGUGCUUUAUGGGGUUCAGAACUUGUCUGCCCAGUUUCUUUGAUAUUGCUGUAUUUUGCAUGUCAGUAUACUAAUGGGUUGUUUUCCCAAAGCUACUUGAAGGCAAUGGGCAGUUUGGUAUGAUGGUUAAAAAGAUAGCUGUAUCAAUUUUCUUUCUCUCUCCCCCCUUCCCCCCCUCCCAUAGUGUACUUACCUUGUGGUUUCCAACAUGAUGGCACAGAAGCAUUUUAUCACAAUAUAAAACACAUAGACCCACCUGCGUUGAUCACCUUGAAGAUGCCAGAAUUCCCAACUAAAGUAGCAGUUCAGAUUGUGCCAUCAGAACAAUUUAGAGUCGACAUUGUUAACAUGAUGUCUGAGAUAAUGGUGUACCCAAGUCUGUUGUGCCCUUAAUAAUGGCUUCUCUUACACCAACACGUCUGACUAACCAAACGGUCUCUGCUUUGGCAAGCAGCAUAUUGGUCUGAGCGAGCCUGGGUCUGGGUUCUUUACCUUGCUUCGUUAACUGCGGUGGCCGGGCUAUAAAGUUAUGCACUGUUAGCAUGCUUUGGUUGGUUUCAUUUUUUCAUUGCAAGGGUGAUUUUGACCAUGUAAAAUAAUUUGUAAACUUGCAUCAAGUUUAUGAAUAAAGAAUUUUAUGAAAUA